UCCAGGAUUCCCGAAUCACCUCUUGUGACACAAGCAGUCCAGGUGGUGACGGCAAUGGUCCCGCAUCCCAAAGCCAGUACACCAAAGAAGAUGUUCUUACCAGAGCCUAGAAAAGACGCAAUAUCUUCAUGCAGCUUUAAAUGAAUAGUUCCAAUGGGCGGAGGUGAAGAAUAUUAGUUGAGACGCGCGUGUAAUACUUGUACGAAAGUGAAGAAUAUUAGUCGAGACUGACGUGUAAUACUUGUAAUUACAGUUUCCGUUCACUUCACCACCACCACUCUCACUUCAACUCUGAUUAUCAUCGAUUUAAUGUAAGUUCGCUUAACCUAACUUUUUAAUUAAAUGUCAUUAUGUUUUUUAUUCUUCAAGUGUCACUGGUUUUGCUUUAUGAUUUUAGUUAUUUAUGAUGACAAUUCAAUGAGUAUGUGAAUCGCGUAAGAAUUUAAUUUAAUAUUUAAUAUAAAUACUAUACUAAAAUAUUCAUUAAAAAAACGAUGACCAUAAAUACAACCACAAUACACGGGAAAGCAUGUUCAUGUAAAGUAACCGUUGGCAACUUGACAUUAAUUUAAUCCAUUAAAUAUUAUUAAAAGUAAUAAUCAAGACAGUGUCAUGUGGCUUACAGCUAUACUUUACAAAAGAAAUGUUAAAAAAUGUUCAUCAAGCAAGAACAUCUAUAAAAUCACUAUAAGCAGGAAUAAAGUAGAAGGAAUCAAAGCAAAUAUUCAAGUAUCACACUUUGAUCCGUAGCGGAAUAAGUGAUCAGGGCGUGAUUAGUUGAUCCAAAGCUUAUAACUUGCUAUUACUUUAAAUAAUAAUUAAUUCAUAUUGAAUGUUCCACAAAACAGAUAAUCCAAAUAAAACAAUUUAAUAUAUGAGACAUAUAACAACUAAACUACAUUAUCCGUGUUUCUUGUUAACUAAGGCUCAUCCUAUGUCCAAAUCUUCUCUUCAUGUCUGUUCACAUGUAUCACGUGUAAAAGUAGUUAUUGAGUCAACAAAGGCCGGUGAGUAAACCUCAUUGUUAUUAGGAAAAUAAUAUAUCUAAUUUGUGUAUUGAGAAAAUGUGCAUUAACCAAUGUAAGUAAAUAUGUUACAGGUCCGUGUAUCACACGGAUUGAAUAAAGCUUUCUUGUUCAUAUAUUCGUAAAAUCGUAUAGAUUAAACAUUCAUACUUUCUUCAUGUUUAUAUGAUAUUUCUUUUGACAUAAACAAAAAAAGACGCUAUAUUAAAUAAUAUAUUUAAAAAGAACUAUUUUAAUGUUUUUCUUUGUAUUAUUUUUACUUUUAAUCUUUUUAUUUGUUUAAAAAAGAACCAUCAAAUUAGGGGUGCUAAACGGGUCGGGUUCGUGGGUUCAACCCGACCCGAACCUGAAAAUUUUAGAUGAACCCGUACCCGACCCGAAAAUCUUGUCAUAUAUAUGAACUCAAACACGACCCGAAUAUUAGCGGGUUGACCCGAACACAACACGUUCAACCCGAAUUUUCAAAAAAAAAAACACAAAUGUAUAUUUUGCUUUUUAAUUAUAAAACUUUAUGUCAGUCUCUCUUUUUAAGUUAUAAUUAUGCAUACAAUACACAACCAAAUUAAUUUAUGUUAUAUAACAUAUUAUAAAAAAUAAUAAAACAUGAUAUAAAUGGGUUAAAUGGGUCAACCUGCGUGGGUUGACCCGAACCCGACCCAUUUAGCUAAACGGGUUCAACCUGAAACUAACUUGACCCAUUUAGACUAAAACUAAACCCGCGAAUUUCGUGUUAGGUUCGUGUUGUGUUUUCGGGUUGUGUUUGAAAUUCACAACCCUACAUCAAAGACAGUAUGUGAAAAAUGUAAACUGAUAAAUAAACAAAGAAAAAAAAGAUAAAAAAAUAGUUGUUUUUUUGAACGGUUAAUUUCAUACUCUAAAGCGAAUCUUAUUAGGAAGAUUUUAACAAUAUUUUUCAUAAUAAAAAAAUAGUUGGUUUAGAUUAAAGCUAGAUGGAUUAUGAACAAAAUGGGCUCGCCUUUGUUGUCAAAACACUAAAGCGAAUCUUAUUAGGAAGAUUUUAACAUUUUUCAUAAUAAAAAAAAACAAAUGUGGUUGAAUCCAUAUAUAUUUGAUUGUUUAAUCUGGGAACACAUGUGAUCCAUCAAAUAUUAAGUAAAUAAAUACACAAGUGGUUUUUUUUUAAUCACUACCUACUCCCUCUUGAGUAAAUAAACAAGUGGUUUUUUUUAAUGACUACCAGCCAGAAGAUGCACAAUAAGAAUAAAAAAAAAUAAAAGUUUGACCAAAAAAUUUGCAGAAUUCACUAUAAACAACAGUUUCAAUCGUUGUUUGAUCUGUGCACUCAUCAUUUCAUUCAGAUCCCUAUUACACACACACACACACAGCUCCCAGUUUAAGUAAUCACUAUAAACCAUGGCUGAAACUCUUGCAAAUGAACUCCUCAAAGUUCUUGUUAAGAAGAUGACCGAUGAAGCCUUCAAGCGUGUUGCUCGUGCUCAUGGCAUUUACAACGAGCUCAAGGAGUUGAAGAAGACACUCUCCAGGAUCCAAGAUCUGCUUCAGGAUGCCUCUCAGAAGGAGGUUACCCAUAAAUCUGUCAAAGAAUGGCUGAAUGCUCUCCAACAUUUGGCUUACGAUAUCGAUGACGUACUCGACGAUUUGGCUACUGAAGACAUGCAUCGUGAGCUCACCUUGCAGGAGCCUGCAGCAUCCACCAGCAAGGUAAGAAAGCUCAUCUCAUCAUGCUGCACAAAGUUCUCACUAAGUCAUAGGCUGUCUCCCAAGUUAGAUAGUAUUAACAGAGAGUUAGAAAAUCUAGAAAAACGAAAAACGGAUCUAGGUUUGCUUAAGAUUGAUGAAAAGCCAAAGUAUACUAGUAGAAGAUACGAAACCUCUUUGCCAGAUGGGUCUAGUGUUAUUGGAAGAGAAGUUGAGAAAGAGAAAUUGCUGAAGAAGUUGUUAGGGGAUGAUGGGUCAUCUAAGGAAAAUUUUAGCAUUGUACCCAUAGUUGGUAUGGGUGGGGUAGGAAAAACCACUCUGGCUAGAAUUUUGUAUAACCAUACUAAGGUGCAGAGUCACUUUGAACUCCACGUAUGGAUUUGUGUUUCUGAUGAUUUUGAUGUCUUUAAGAUAAGCAAAACCAUGUUUCAAGAUGUUUCUAAUGAGAACAAGAAUUUUGAAAAUUUAAAUCAGCUUCAUAUGGCUCUUACAAAUCAGCUUAAAAACAAACGAUUUCUACUAGUACUCGAUGAUGUGUGGCAUGAAAACGAAAACGAUUGGGAAAACCUAGUGCGCCCAUUUCAUUCAUGUGCCCCUGGAAGUAGGAUAAUCAUGACAACUCGUAAGGAGGAACUGCUCAAAAACCUACAUUUUGGUCAUCUAGACUCCCUUAAGAGUUUGUCACAUGAAGAUGCUCUAUCUUUAUUUGCUCUACAUGCUUUAGGCGUAGAGAACUUCAAUUCACACACAACACUUAAACCACAUGGUGAAGGCAUUGUGAAAAAGUGUGUUGGUUUGCCUUUGGCUUUGAAGGCAAUUGGAAGGCUAUUGGGGACGAGAACAAAUGUAGAAGACUGGGAAGACGUGUUGAACAGUGAGAUAUGGAAUUUGGAAAAUAGUGAUAAGAUUGUUCCAGCUCUCAGGCUUAGCUACCACGAUCUUUCUGCAGAUUUGAAGCAGUUGUUUGCGUACUGCUCCUUGUUCCCAAAGGAUUAUUUGUUUGACAAGGAAGAGUUGGUAUUAUUGUGGAUGGCGGAAGGGUUUUUGAGCCCAUCAAAUGCAACUAAGUCACCGGAACGCUUGGGCCAUGAAUAUUUUGAAAUAUUGUUAUCAAGGUCAUUUUUUCAACAUGCACCUAAUGAUGAAUCACUGUUUAUCAUGCAUGAUCUGAUGAAUGACUUGGCCAUGCUUGUUGCCGGAGAACUUUUUUUAAGGUUUGACAACCAUAUGAAGAUAGGCACCGAAGACUUGGCAAACUAUCGCCAUAUGUCAUUUUCUCGCGAGAAGUAUGUAGGUUACCAUAAGUUUAAGGCAUUCAAAGGAGCCAAAAGCUUGAGAACAUUUUUAGCAGUAUCUCUCUGUGUGGAUCCACGUUGGAACUACUUUUUCUUAUCUAAUAAGAUUCUGGUUGACUUACUUCCUAGCUUAACAUUAUUAAGGGUUCUUUCUUUGAGUCAUUAUCAAAUAACUGAGGUACCAGAGUUCAUCAAUAGUUUGAAGCACUUGAGGUAUCUUAAUUUAUCUAAAACUAUGAUAAAAGAGUUACCAGAGAGUGUUAGCAAUCUUUAUAAUUUACAGACAUUGAUUGUUUUUGGUUGCGAAAGAUUGGCUAAGUUGCCUGAAAGCUUCUUAAAGCUUAAACGGUUACGGCAUUUUGACAUAAGGAAUACUCCGUUAUUGGUGAAGCUGCCAUUCGGGAUUGGUGAGUUGGAAAGCCUACAAACUCUCACCAAAAUGAUCAUUGAAGAAGGUGUUGGCUUUGCAAUAAAUGAGCUCAAGGGAUUAACAAAUCUCCACGGGGAAGUUUCCAUCGAGGGAUUGCACAAAGUGCAAAGCGCAAAGCAUGCACGGGAGGCGAACUUAUCUCUAAAAAAGAUUACUGGAUUAGAGCUGCAAUGGGUUGAUGUGUUUGAUGGCUCACGAAUGGAUACACUUGAAGAGGAAGUUCUCAAUGAGCUGAAACCUAAUAGUGAUACGUUGAAAACACUUUCAGUCGUGUCAUAUGGGGGAACACAAAUUUCAAAUUGGGCUGGUGAUCGCUCUUUUCAUGAGUUGGUUGAUGUGUCAAUACGUGGUUGUAAAAAAUGCACAUCUCUACCCCCAUUUGGGUUGCUCCCAUCACUGAAGAGGUUGCAGAUUCAAGGCAUGGAUGAGGUUAAAAUCAUAGGUUUGGAGUUAACCGGAAAUGAUGUUAACGCCUUCCGUUCGCUUGAAGUUCUAACAUUUGAAGAUAUGUCUGGAUGGGAGGGGUGGUCAACUAAAAAUGAGGGUUCAGCAGCAGUGUUUACGUGCCUUAAAGAGCUUUAUGUAAAGAAUUGUCCACAAUUGAUUGAUGUCUCACUUCAAGCACUGCCUUCACUCAAGGUUCUUGAAAUUGAGGAAUGUGCUGAUGGUGUGUUGAGAAGUCUGGUUCAGGUAGCUUCUUCAGUCACUAAGUUGAGAAUAAGUUAUGUAUCAGGGCUUACAUAUGAGGUGUGGAGAGGAGUUAUAAGGUAUCUUAAGGAAGUUGAAGUAUUAAGUAUCAGGGGAUGUAAUGAAAUAGAAUACUUGUGGGAAUCAGAAACAGAGGCAAGUAAGCUUCUUGUGAGAUUAAAGGAAUUGAGUUUAGGGGGAUGUUCAGGUUUGGUAAGUUUAGAAGAGAAAGAGGAGGAUGACAAUUUUGGGAGCAGCACCGGCCUGUUAUCUCUUAGAAGUUUGUAUGUAAGGUAUUGUAGUAGCAUAAAGCGUUUAUGCUGUCCAAAUAGCAUCGAGAGUUUGGAUAUUGAAGAAUGUUCAGUUAUUAAAGAUGUCUACCUCCCAAAAGGAGGAGGGAAUAAGCUCAAGUCACUUCGUAUAAGCUAUUGUGAUAAACUUGAGGGAAAAAUCAACAACACAAGCAUGCCAAUGCUUGAAACCCUAGAUAUUGAUAAAUGGGAAAAUCUAAGAUCAAUCAGUGAAUUGAGUAACUCCACUCACCUCACCAGCCUGGAUAUAAAGCGAUGCCCACAUAUCGUGUCACUUCCAGAGCUUCAGCUAUCAAACCUCACCAGUUUGUCAAUUUGGACAUGUGAAAGUCUGGAGUCAUUACCUGAACUAUCAAAUCUCACCUUUUUGUCAAUUAGUGAUUGUAAACGUCUGGUGUCAUUACCUGAGCUAAAGAAUCUCGCCUUGUUAAAAGAUCUGAAAAUCAGAUGGUGUCCAGGUAUUGAUGUUUCCAUUCAUGGUGGGCGUUGGCCUCCCAAAUUGUGCUCACUUACACUAGAAGGGUUGAAGAAGAAGCCCAUAUCAGAGUGGGGGGAUCUGAAUUUUCCAACUUCCCUUGUUGACCUAACGUUAGGGGAUGAACCCAAUGUGAGGAACUUUAGUCAGUUGUCCCACCUUUUCCCUUCUUCUCUUACAAAGUUGACAAUAGUCGAAUUUGAUAAACUGGAAUCAGUUUCAACGGGACUCCAACACCUCACAUCCCUUCAACAUCUUGAAAUUUGGAAUUGCCCAAAGGUGAACGAUCUACCAGAGACGCUGUUACCUUCACUUUUGAGUUUGACUAUAUAUUAUUGCCCAAAAUUGAAAGAAAGGUGUGAAGGAAGAGGCUCCCAAUACUGGCCACUCAUCUCUCAUAUCCCCUGCAUCGACAUGGACGGCAGGUACUUGUUUUAUUCAUAA